AGCACUUUCACACCAUCCAAAUCACACCUGACAUCUGCAGCCUAGGGUCAGAAGACAUGAAAGGAGUUCUCAGAUGGAUGUGGGUUCAUAGAAACUAUCUGAUCAUCUUCAUCGCCCCCUUUCUGAUACUACCCCUGCCUCUGGUUAUCCCAACUCCGCAAGCGAAAUGUGGCUUUGCUAUCAUCUUGAUGGCACUGUACUGGUGCACAGAGUGCAUGCCACUGGCCAUCACUGCCCUACUGCCUGUUAUUCUCUUCCCCAUGAUGGGCAUCAUGACGUCUGGAGAGGUAUGUGUGCAGUAUUUAAAGGACACAAAUAUGCUGUUCAUUGGGGGGUUGCUGGUGGCUAUAGCAGUUGAAUUCUGGAAUCUCCAUAAGCGCAUCGCCCUUCGAGUUCUCCUAAUAGUGGGAGUUCGACCUGCUUUGCUGAUGCUGGGAUUCAUGAUUGUAACAGCCUUCCUCUCCAUGUGGAUCAGCAAUACCGCCAGCACAGCCAUGAUGCUGCCCAUUUCUCAGGCUGUUCUCGAGCAGCUCAGUGCUACAGAGGCAGAGUCUGAUGAAAAGGAGCUGAGGGAAGGGCAGGACAACCAAUCUUUUGAGUUGGCCGAGGUCUCCGGCACCAAACCUCCUUUGUACGAUGAUAUCACUGGAGACAAACCCAAUAUCAAUUCAGAUCCAGAGGCAGGAAUCAAUACACCGUCUGAACACAGAAGGAAGGAGCGUGUGGAGAAGUAUCUUCGUCUUUCUAAAGGAAUGAAUCUUUCUGUGUGUUACUCCGCCAGCAUUGGAGGAACUGCCACCCUAACGGGGACCACACCAAAUCUCAUUCUCCAGGGCCAGAUGGACAAUAUUUUUCCAGAUAACGGUGAUGUGAUCAACUUUGCAAGCUGGUUUGGUUUUGCCUUCCCGAACAUGGUGCUGAUGUUGGUGUUCUCCUGGCUUUGGCUGCAGUGCAUUUAUUUGGGUUUUAACUUUAAAAGAUCUUUUGGCUGCGGUACGAAUAAUGAGGGAGACAAAGAUGCUUACAGAGUGAUGAAGAAUGAAUAUAAGAAGUUGGGUCGGAUUUCUUUUGCCGAGGGUGCAGUGUUGGCCAUCUUUGUCAUGCUGGUGAUACUGUGGUUCACACGAGAACCAGGUUUCAUGCCAGGCUGGGGCAGCGAGCUUUUCAACAAAAAAGGACAGUUCGUCACUGAUGGCACAGUGGCCAUUUUAAUGUCAUCGCUGUUCUUCGUUAUUCCAUCUCGGCUAGAUUGUUGCUCUUCAUUCAAAGAGGAAAAUUAUGAUAAUGAUGAAGCUGGAGUAGAGCAAGAAGGAGAAAAUCAGAAUAAAGAAGACAAAAAGGAGAAGAAGGUGCACAACAAUAAGCUAAAGGCUCCUCCAACUCUUCUGAACUGGAAGGUGGUGCAUGAAAAUAUGCCCUGGAACAUUGUCCUGCUGCUGGGGGGAGGAUUUGCCUUGGCAAGCGGCAGUGAGGUAUCUGGAUUGUCCCUUUGGUUGGGUGAAAGUCUGGCCCCUUUGAAGAAUAUCCCACCCUUCGCCAUCUCCCUGAUCCUCUGUCUGCUGGUGGGAACGUUCACUGAAUGCUCCAGCAACACAGCCACCACCACUUUAUUCCUGCCCAUUCUUGCCUCUAUGGCCACAACGAUCGAGCUCCAUCCUCUCUAUGUCAUGCUGCCCUGCACAAUCAGCGCAUCACUGGCGUUCAUGCUUCCUGUAGCCACUCCACCCAACGCCAUUGCCUUCUCUUAUGGCAACCUCAAAGUCCUGGACAUGGCAAAGGCAGGAUUUAUGCUCAACAUAAUUGGGAUCCUGUGCAUCAACCUCGGCAUCAACACGUGGGGAUCGGCCAUGUUCAAGCUAGACACUUUUCCCUCAUGGGCCAAUGUCACACAUGAAAAUCCAUGAACAACAUUCCAACCAACGCUUUGGUAUAGCGAGUGUACUGAAGGGACAGAGAGGGGAAUAAGAUCCAAAAAAUACCAUGAAAAGCAAAAAAGAGUCACUGUAUACUGUAUGCACAGUAUGCAAGUGUAGUUGCUUCACUUCUCCCCUCAUCAAUGCCCUCUGGAGCAAAUGUUCAGUUUUGUCUCAGUCCUCUGCUUUUCACUGUGUCUUCUCAAGAACUCUUGGUUACUGUCCGAGGAGAUCAGUAAGAUUUUAUGGCCUCUGGAAUUUUGUAUCCCAUAUUUCGUUAUUUAAAAUGUCACUCUCAACAACAUAGUGCAAGCAGAGGAGUUUGUUAAUGUGAGUCGGCUCCAUGUAGCGCUUUUGCUGCCCCGAAGUGGUGGAAGCAGAAUAAGUUCAUCAGAAAGCAGCCUUAAGAGCUUUCUUUUUUUCCCAGUAGCUUUUCUGGUCUUCUAUUUGUGCUGGUUCACGAAAAUGUAUUUAAUUGAUAUGUUCAUGUUCAGAUGUUUUAUAUGAUAUCCCUUUUUGGAUCAUUCAGUCUAUAUGAACUUUUUAAUACAGUUUAAUACUGUGUGUUAAUUCACAUUUGAUUAAUCUUAAUGGUUUUUUUUAAUGCCCCAUAAUUAUUGUUAAUAGCAUAUAUUUGAAUUGUAAACUUUACAGCAGUUUUCACAAUA